UCAUCGUCACUGGUCAACCUCGUCUCGCUUUGUAAUUCAUUGCCCGUGCUCGACGUUUCCGACACUCAACUAUCGCUUGACAAAUUGUGGCCAGCCCUGAAAUAUGGCGGCUUGCAAGUGGAACGACUGAUUUUGUCUGGCUGUCAAGUCGGGUCAAAGAAGGUGCCCCCAGAGCUGUCCCAAACUGUGAAAGAAUUCUUUGCCCUGGCCGUCGGGCUACGAGUAGUAGAACGGGGAGCAGCUCCUGUGCUUGAAGCUGGAUUACCUGGUGUUUCCGCCCGUGUACUGUCUUUACGAGACAACAAUUUUGAAGCGGAAAUGCUGGGUGUCGUCUCGGCGUUGGCGGGAAUGCCGGAGCUAAAACGUCUCGAUGUCGGCGGCUCCAAUCUCACGUCUCUGCGCAGAAGCGGCAAACCGCUUAACACGUUCAUUCGAUCAACAAAAUCCUGCUCGAAUUGGUCAAACUGGUCGGAGAUGACGGGCAUUUGGAAGAACGCGUAUUCUCAGCAGGCCCUUCAACUAAACGCCUCGCUCCGUACCAUCCUCAUUGACGGCAAUCAUAUCACCUGGCCGAUGGAUUCGCGAAUUAACUAUACGUUGGUGACACUGCCGUAUCCAGUGCUGGACGCCUGUGAAGCAAUCGUCCGUUCCGAUAAAGCGAAGACACUCAACGCCCUUUCUCAAAUAGAAACUGUGCUGGAGAGAAAUAACGCCCAUUCCGCGCCAGCCAGCGCCAAUUUCAAGAGAGCGCUGUUCACGUUGAAUCAGCAAUCUGAUGGGAUGAGCUGGGACUCUGUCUGUGCAGCCGAGGGCGUGCUCCGCGCUGUCGCUGAUCAGCCUCUACCUUUGAAGCUGAGAGCUGAUACGAUUACUUUUGUGGAGCAGCUACGUACCCAAAUGAGAGCGCAUCUCAAGGAGACGUUUUCGCACGGUGAUGAAGAACCAAAUUCUCGAGCCAUCACCAACCUCGAGAACCUGGCUUGUGAUCGUUUGAAAGAGCUGCUGGUCCGAGAUAUUGGAUCUGUCUAUGCGGAAUGGAAAUGGCGUUCUGCAUGCUCAACAGCAGAGAGGAGUACUUCGAUCCGGCUUGGAUGCACCAGCUCGGGUAGUGGAUCGAUGACCAGUUCGUCAUCUCACGGCAGCAGCUCGCCCAGCUCGGCUAUGGCCUCUUCUAGGACUUUCCCGAGACAGGAUGGCCACAGACCAAGAAGCAUUGUCGGAGAUCUAAGCUCUCAUUCCGGGGAGGCUGGUCUAACGCUGGAGGCACCGCCAAAACCGUCCGCCCUCGUUCAUCCUCUCACAAAAGGGCGCCCCAAGCCGCAAAGACAGGCGCAACUUGGAAGGGGCGCAGUGUACGUUGUUAUUCCUCACUUUUUGACCUAUGCUAUCGUUUCAGGCGUCAGCUCACUGACGAGCGCCCCGGGCCGCAGCGUCUGUGAAGUGGUUUGCGAAACCGACGAGCCACUGAGCGAUCGCCCAAUGUUCCGCGUUGCCAUGCUGCCAAAAGCGGCCGCCAUGGCCCGCACAACUCAAAUCCGCCGCCGAUCAAACAUUGGCAGCCAGGGAAUUGGCGACAAGUUCCGGAUGAGCCAUCAUCACCUGCGCCGCCAUGCCUACCACCAAAGCCAUCCAGUGGUCGGUUUAUGCCUUCAGACCGGUAACAUUGCCCCGCUUCGCACCAGUGUCGCCCAGCUCCCCCAUGUGCCGCCGCCAGUUCCCGUCGAAACUGAAGACGAUGAAAACGCUAACAUCGAGGGAUCACCGACAAAUCGUCGCAGUGUAGCCCGACCUGACCCGGCUUUC